CGCGAGCCCCAGCCAAUGAGCGCCGGCGGGCCGGUUGCCCAGGCGACCAGCGCGCGGCUCCGCCCCCCGCGCCGAGGCUCCCGCGCGCGGCUGAGGGCGGACUGGAGUGGGAACCCGGGUCCCCGCGCUUAGAGAACACGCGAUGACCACGUGGAGCCUCCGGCGGAGGCCGGCCCGCACGCUGGGACUCCUGCUGCUGGUCGUCUUGGGCUUCCUGGUGCUCCGCAGGCUGGACUGGAGCACCCUGGUCCCUCUGCGGCUCCGCCAUCGACAGCUGGGGCUGCAGGCCAAGGGCUGGAACUUCGUGCUGGAGGGUUCCACCUUCUGGAUCUUCGGGGGCUCCAUCCACUAUUUCCGUGUGCCCAGGGAGUACUGGAGGGACCGCCUGCUGAAGAUGAAGGCCUGUGGCUUGAACACCCUCACCACCUAUGUUCCGUGGAACCUGCAUGAGCCAGAAAGAAGCAAAUUUGACUUCUCUGGGAACCUGGACCUGGAGGCCUUCGUCCUGAUGGCCGCAGAGAUCGGGCUGUGGGUGAUUCUGCGUCCAGGCCCCUACAUCUGCAGUGAGAUGGACCUCGGGGGCUUGCCCAGCUGGCUACUCCAAGACCCUGGCAUGAGGCUGAGGACAACUUACAAGGGCUUCACCGAAGCAGUGGACCUUUAUUUUGACCACCUGAUGUCCAGGGUGGUGCCACUCCAGUACAAGCGUGGGGGACCUAUCAUCGCCGUGCAGGUGGAGAAUGAAUAUGGUUCCUAUAAUAAAGACCCCGCAUACAUGCCCUACGUCAAGAAGGCACUGGAGGACCGUGGCAUUGUGGAACUGCUCCUGACUUCAGACAACAAGGAUGGGCUGAGCAAGGGGAUUGUCCAGGGAGUGUUGGCCACCAUCAACUUGCAGUCAACACACGAGCUGCAGCUACUGACCACCUUUCUCUUCAAUGUCCAGGGGACUCAGCCCAAGAUGGUGAUGGAGUACUGGACGGGGUGGUUUGACUCGUGGGGAGGCCCUCACAAUAUCUUGGAUUCUUCUGAGGUUUUGAAAACCGUGUCUGCCAUUGUGGAUGCCGGCUCCUCCAUCAACCUCUACAUGUUCCACGGAGGCACCAACUUUGGCUUCAUGAAUGGAGCCAUGCACUUCCAUGACUACAAGUCAGAUGUCACCAGCUAUGACUACGACGCUGUGCUGACAGAAGCCGGCGAUUACACGGCCAAGUACAUGAAGCUUCGAGACUUCUUCGGCUCCAUCUCAGGCAUCCCUCUCCCUCCCCCACCUGACCUUCUUCCCAAGAUGCCGUAUGAGCCCGUAACGCCAGUCUUGUACCUGUCACUGUGGGACGCCCUCAAGUACCUGGGGGAGCCAAUCAAGUCUGAAAAGCCCAUCAACAUGGAGAACCUGCCGGUCAAUGGGGGAAAUGGACAGUCCUUCGGGUACGUUCUCUAUGAGACCGGCAUCACCUCGCCUGGCAUCCUCAGCGGCCGCGUGCAUGAUCGGGGGCAGGUGUUUGUGAACACAGUAUCCAUAGGAUUCUUGGACUACAAGACAACGAAGAUUGCUGUCCCCCUGAUCCAGGGUUACACCGUGCUGAGGAUCUUGGUGGAGAAUCGUGGGCGAGUCAACUAUGGGGAGAAUAUUGAUGACCAGCGCAAAGGCUUAAUUGGAAAUCUCUAUCUGAAUGAUUCACCCCUGAAAAACUUCAGAAUCUAUAGCCUGGAUAUGAAGAAGAGCUUCUUUCAGAGGUUCGGCCUGGACAAAUGGAGUUCCCUCCCAGAAACACCCACAUUGCCUGCUUUCUUCUUGGGUAGCUUGUCCAUCAGCUCCACCCCUUGUGACACCUUUCUGAAGCUGGAGGGCUGGGAGAAGGGGGUUGUAUUCAUCAAUGGCCAGAACCUUGGACGUUACUGGAACAUUGGACCCCAGAAGACGCUUUACCUCCCAGGUCCCUGGUUGAGCAGCGGAAUCAACCAGGUCAUCAUUUUUGAGGAGACGAUGGCGGGCCCUGCAUUACAGUUCACGGAAACCCCCCACCUGGGCAGGAACCAGUACAUUAAGUGAGCGGUGGCACCCCCUCCUGCUGGUGCCAGUGGGAGACUGCCGCCUCCUCUUGACCUGAAGCCUGGUGGCUGCUGCCCCACCCCCUCACUGCAAAAGCAUCUCCUUAAGUAGCAACCUCAGGGACUGGGGGCUACAGUCUGCCCCUAUCUCAGCUCAAAACCCUAAGCCUGCAGGGAAAGGUGGGAUGGCUCUGGGCCUGGCUUUGUUGAUGAUGGCUUUCCUACAGCCCUGCUCUUGUGCCGAGGCUGUCGGGCUGUCUCUAGGGUGGGAGCAGCUAAUCACAUCGCCCAGCCUUUGGCCCUCAGAAAAAGUGCUGAAACAUGCCCCUGCACCGGACGUCACAGCCCUGCCAGCAUCUGCUGGACUCAGGCGUGCUCUUUGCUGGUUCCUGGGAGGCUUGGCCACAUCCCUCAUGGCCCCAUUUUAUCCCCGAAAUCCUGGGUGUGUCACCAGUGUAGAGGGUGGGGAAGGGGUGUCUCACCUGAGCUGACUUUGUUCUUCCUUCACAACCUUCUGAGCCUUCUUUGGGAUUCUGGAAGGAACUCGGCGUGAGAAACAUGUGACUUCCCCUUUCCCUUCCCACUCGCUGCUUCCCACAGGGUGACAGGCUGGGCUGGAGAAACAGAAAUCCUCACCCUGCGUCUUCCCGAGUUAGCAAGUGUCUCUGGUGUUCAGUGAGGAGGACAUGUGAGUCCUGGCAGAAGCCAUGGCCCGUGUCUGCACAUCCAGGGAGGAGGACAGAAGGCCCAGCUCACAUGUGAGUCCUGGCAGAAGCCAUGGCCCAUGUCUGCACAUCCAGGGAGGAGGACAGAAGGCCCAGCUCACAUGUGAGUCCUGGCAGAAGCCAUGGCCCAUGUCUGCACAUCCAGGGAGGAGGACAGAAGGCCCAGCUCACAUGUGAGUCCUGGCAGAAGCCAUGGCCCAUGUCUGCACAUCCAGGGAGGAGGACAGAAGGCCCAGCUCAGUGGCCCCCGCCCCCCACCCCCAACGCCCGAGCAGCAGGGGCGGAGCAGCCCUCCUUCGAGGUGUGUCCACGUCCGCAUUUAAGCCUUGUUCUGGGGCCCAACCCAACACCUGGCUUGGGCUCACUGUCCUGAGUUGCAGUAAAGCUAUAGCCUUGAAUCACA